AUGGCAGCAUUUAUGCAAGUUCCGCGCCAAAGAAAGGUGUAUGAGCCAAGGCAAACAUGCCGGGAUAUAAAAUAUCGACAUUUGUACCGUUUUGAUCAGAAAUUUGGAUGGGUGAACGUUAUUUGGAUGGGUGAACACUUUAUAGAUGAUGCGACAGGAGAAACUAGAGGUUGUGCACUAACGGCAAAACAGCAGAUGGAAGUGUUCCUUCGUCAUGUGGGAGACCCAGGCUUUCAAGAAGGUGUCGGUGAGGAUAUCGGGAUUCAUCAGUCCACAGUUUCAAAAACCUUUGCAAAAGUUUUGAAUCGGAUUGUUGAAAAGGCUGAUUUAUGGAUAAACUUUCCUAAGGACCAGGUUGACAUUCAAACUGCAAAAUAUGCUUGGCAGGAUAAAUUCAAGAUCCCGUGUGCAAUAGGGGCACUUGACUGUACACACAUCAGGAUACUAAAACCAGGGCGCAAUGGGUAUAUAUAUCAAUCGGAAACUUGCGAUGGUGGUGAGAGGUUUACCAGUGUUGAUGCUGAAUGGCCAGGGUCCGUUCACGAUAGUCGCAUAUGGAAGAACUCUGUGGUUGGCAGAUUCAUGAAGAAUUCCAGAACGGAUGCACUACUGCUGGGGGAUGAAGGAUACGGAAUAGCACCUUGGUUGAUGACACCUUUCAAAGACCCACAACAGCCAACUGAGCGAUCUUUCAAUCGUUUGUUUACAAAGGAACGGGUUAUAAUAGAGAGAUGUUUCGGCCAGCUGAAAAGGCGGUUUCCAAUUCUUCAGGAACGUGUCAGACUUAACUUGCGAAAAGUUGCUAGUGUGAUUGUAGCAUGCUUUGUGCUACAUAACGUGGCAAAAUACUUGCAGGAUCCUGAUGACUCUCUAGAGAACCAGGCCAACAACGAUGAUGAUGAUGAUGAUGAUGAUGAUGAUGAUGAUGAUGUUGAUGAUGGAGAGGAGUAUAACGAGGCACGAAUUCGCCAGCGGGGACAAGACAGGAGGAGAAUGCUUGCCGAAAUAAUCCAUGAAAUGGAUGACUAG